CUUACUAUAGAACUAAUACUCACUUAGUAAACCUAGACUCGUCUUGAGGAGAAAACUGUAAAAUGGUUUCGAACGAUAACUCUCGAAACUCAGAGAGUGAAGAUGAUUUCUUGGUGACGUCACUAAACGAUGACGUCAUUAUACGAAGAAAUUCGUCGGGAUCUAAUAUUCAGUGUCUGCACUGCGCUUUCCGAUGUACUUCACCAUCCGAUAUGACGCAACAUUCAUGGGAGAUACACCCGCUUCUGAUGAGAAGGAAAAAGCAUUUAUUUACGUCAUCAGUGUCGUCAUCAAAGUCUGGCGUCAUGCAACAAUUUUCCAACGGAGAUAUGCAUACAGUUCCAACGUAUCAACAGCCAAUACACGAGACUGCGCUAGAAAUGCGGAAUUGUUCCUUGUCAAGUACAGAAUCGUCAUCUCACCCGGACAAAAUCACAAAAACGGCGAAUCAAUUUGAAAACCACAACGGCUACAAGACGAACAAUAACGCGGCAAGAUCUCUCUCGCUGCUCUCCGAUGCUGCCGCCAUUUUAGACGCCGUUCCACAGACGUUUGAAAAUGUUCCGCAGCGACAUGUCGCGGUCGUGAAACCUGUCCCAAUUGAAGCACAAAGACUUGAUCGUCCUGUCGUAGCCAUCCCGCCUCAAAUGGUUCCACAAUACAUGACUAAAGAUCAAUUUGUUUAUGCUCCAAUGUACAAUGCGUACAUACCGAGUUUAAACCAGUAUAUCAGCAUCCCUAUACCGGUUGCAACCGGUUUAUACCAGCCCACAAUACAAGCCCCAAACAUGAUCAACACCAGCAUUGAAAAUGCAAUGAAAAACUAUCUCUCCACACAACAGACUCAGAAUACACACGUCUUACAAAAAUCUACGACACAAAACCAUGUGUUUCAAGCCCCCCAGACUUCAAGUCAAACCCCUACAGCCCCCCAAUUCCAGCCAUCACCUCAACAAAAGCCUGCACAAACUAUUACAAUGCCAAGAACAAAUGCUGCAUUCAGAAACGGAGCCACAGAUCAACCGCCAACUGGCUCAAACGAAAUAAGGACAUUAUUACAAACUGGUCCUGUGGUUCGAAACAUGGAAAACACCCCUCAACCCAAAUGUCCAACAAUAAAACCAGAACCACUCAAUGGCUAUGUACCUUCACCACCCUCUGUGUUAAAAAGCUCAAGUCUUGGUAAAGAGCGUCAAAAAGAGCUAGAAAAAGCGCUGCUUUCAACAGAUUGCUGUGAUAUUGAUGAUUCAAGCACAACCAUGCCAUUCAAGUGCCCAGACGGGGUUUGGCGUAUGGUCAAAUUUAAAUGCAUACGUGGACUAUGGUUGGUGCAGAUCCCAGGAUCCCCCACUCCAACGGUCUAUGUCCCCUGUGACAAUGGAAAAGUCUUGAAGCAGGCUAACAUUGAGUCUAGCCCAAAACCACCCGCCAUCGGACAUAAACGCAAACUUUCAGAUCCAACUGGAAUCGGUAACGGACUAACUGUGAAACGGUUGUGCGCAUCAGCUCCAAUUCCUGGCGGUAAACCCCAAAUUUGCGCGCCAUAUUGUCCCCCAAUGUUGCGCACACGAUCCAACCCCUGCCUCCCAGAGCCUGAUCAGCAGUUUACUAACAACGAAGGCAAGCGUGUGAACAUUUCUGUAAUAAAGCGUGAUCCUGUGCCUUCAACAUCCGGCAGUCUUAUUAGAAAUCUAUUAUUACGUAAGCCUGCUUCAGGUUUGACGUCAUCAUCAGUCCCAAUGACGUCACCAUUGAAAAAUCCCAUGACGUCGCACCACGGACGAAUGCUAUGUAAGUCUUCCCCAAGUCACAAAAUUCAAACAAAUUUCACCCACCCAUCCACACUAAGUACAAAUGCCAUGGUAUACUAAGAGCUCCGCCAUCCUAUCACUUUAUUUUACAUUUUGUUUGGAACUUUUAAAAUUGAAAGAGCUGUUUUAAUGUAUCAAAAUUAUCAUAUUUUUCAACAUGGCUUGCAGAUAAUCACCUAAAAAUCAUCGUUGAUUGACCGUUAUGACGUCACGAUUAUUACGUCACCGAAUGGUCAAAUCAGCACCAUACAAGGUGUCUUAUAUCAUAAUGUCCUUGGCGCUUGUCCAGUGCCAUAUUGUGUUUCUUAUUUCGUCAUUUGUUCUACAAUGUUCUCAAAAUUUAAUGUAAAUGAGGGGGUGGGGAGGACAAUAAAUUUGAAAACAAUUUGACGUCGUAACGAAAAUAUGAGGAGGGAGAUUUCCCCAAAUCACACUGGUUUUGUGGAAAUUGGAUAUAUAAAACGGGAUUUUAACGACCCCACCCCCAUUAAUACAAGAACUGGAAUUCCAAACAGUUGUGCGGAUUCCAACAUAAAUCACAAUCUUCUCUCGUUUUUUGUUUUGUUAUUCUCUCAUAUUUUUCAUUUCUGUAUUGUGCAUUGUGUUUGUUUCAAACGUAUUAUUUCGUCAUAUUCUAUUGUUUAUUUUUCUUUAUUUAUAAUAAAAUUAUUGUGACCGAAUAAUUUACUUUGAAGUAUUUCGCAAUAUAUUAUUAAUUUUAUGUUCACAAUGCUUCUUGUGUAAUCAAAGAAAAAAUUGACAUAAUUUGAGGUCGGUGAUCGAAAUCGCGCACCACGGUUCUGCUUUAUUCAAAAUCCCUAGCUAUGAAAGAAUAAAGCAUAUAAAGUUCAUGCUAAAAUAUAUUCACCUUUUUCCCACUGUAAUUCAUCACUUAAAAAAAAUCAAAUUUUGAAUUAAAUUCCGCAUAAAUUCAUUGCGAAGGAAUUCAGGGGGCGAGUGUUCAUUGAACUAAGGGCCCCCUCUUAAGCAUUCGCAUUAUCCUGUUAUAAUUUUUUGCAUAGUGACGUCAGUCUAUAAAUUAUGACGUCACUUUAUAAAUUAUGACGUUACUUAAGAAAUUAUGACGUCACUUGAAAAUAAAACACAUUAUGACGUUACUUUAUAGAUUAUGAUGCCACUUUAUAAAUUAUGAUGUCACUAUAUACAUUAUGAUGUCACAUUUUAAUAUUUGAAUAAAGUGCUUCCCGCUCUUUUCAUUCGUUAAUGUUAUCAACUAGUGUUUUCUAAUAGUCUGCUACCCUAAUGAAUGAAUAUGAGUUCUUUGCUAUUUCUUCAUUAUCAGCCUUUUUGAGCCAUAAUCGUUUGAAUUCGCUCUGAAAUGUUUGAAUUUGCUUUGAAAUGUUCUAUUUGCAAUAAAAUAUAUGUCUGAAAA